ACAGGACGGGCCUGCCGCCUCCCACUGGUGGAAGACGAUGGCCGGGCCCAGCCGGGUCUUGGCGCUGCAGGACCUGAGAAAGGCCCUGAGGAGGAAGAGGGACUGGACACAGAGCAGGAGGACAGUCCUGGCCCUGAGGCUCUGGCAUGCCCUGUCCCCGGCCGGAUUUCCUGGGCUGCUCUUUGGGGCCGGCUAAUGAUUAACAGGAAACACACAGGAACACGCACACCUUCAGGGACUGAGGGCCUGUGGCUGGUGGAGGCCACCUCUGUGUUUACAGCCUGGUCUGUGACGUGACAGAAGCAUUUCGUGAGGAACUUCCUGUUAACUACUGAGGUUGGGUCAGGAUUCUCUCGUGGCCGGACAGAAUUUGUUCUUGUGUUUGUGUGGAGAGAGGACGGAAGCCAAGAAGCCGUUUGGAAACAGAGAACCUUCCCUGAAGCCCUGAAGAGAAGACCUACCUGCCGGAGGUGAGAUGGCUCCAGGAUGGCUCCCCUGACAGGUGUUUAUCGAGUGGAUUUCUCCACAGGGUGAGGACGAACAUGCGGAGAUGGAGGGCUGCUGGAGAGGCAUUCUGGCCACACUGGUCGUCCUGGCUGGGCUAGCAGUUUCUGGAUCCAGCUACCAAAUCAUAGAAGGACCCAAGAAUGCAACGGUGCUGGUGGGCUGGGAGGCUCGCUUCAACUGCACCGUCUCACAGGGCUGGAGGCUCAUCAUGUGGGCUCUGAACAGCACAGUGGUCCUGAGCGUCACGCCCAAGGAGCCCAUCAUCACCAACAACCGCUUUACCUCUGAGAGUUACGAAGAGGGCAGUAACUUUGUCUCUGAGAUGAUAAUCCACGAUGUGCAGUUCAGCGAUGCAGGGCAAAUCAAAUGCAGCCUCCAGAACAGUGACCGGGAGGGAUCUGCUUUCCUUUCUGUGCAAGUUGUGGGGAAGUUGAGCAUUCCCAAUAACAGUCUUGUAGUCACUGAGGAUGAACCUUGUAAUGUGACUUGCCACGCUGUGGGCUGGACCCCACUCCCAGCUCUCUCCUGGGAGGUCGGUGUUCCGGCCAGUCAUUCAAGCUGUUACUCCGUUCCGGAGCCUGAUGACCUUCAAAGUGCAGUGAGUGUCCUGACUCUGACGCCUCAGGGCAAUGGAACUUUGACCUGUGUGGCUACCAUGAAGGGGCUGCAGGUCCCCGAGUCUGUAACUGUAAAUCUUACUGUGCUUCCGUCUCCCUUGGGCGAUAUUGAUGAAUCAGGUACAUCACUGCCUACCUGGGCUAUAGUCCUGCUGGCAGUCUCAUUUUCACUGCUUUUGAUCCUGAUCAUUGUUCUGAUUAUAAUAUUCUGCUGCUGUUGUGUCUCCGGGAGAGAGAAGAAAGAAUCUGAUUAUCAAAGUGAAAUAAGGAAAUCUGCAAAUGUGAAGACAAACAAAGAAACUUUAGAGACAAAGUUAAAAAACGGAAAUGAAAACUAUGGAUACAGAUCAGAUGAGCCAAAGACCACAAAGGCUGCUUCUCUCCCUCCAAAAUCUAAUGAAUCCAGUGUUCCAGAAGAACGCAGCAGUGGGCACCCUCAUCAGGGGCCUGAUCACCAUCGGCCCGCCUCAUCCAGUCGCCCACAUGUUACCUUUUACACGGCCAGUCCUAAGAAGGUCAGGAAUGUGACGUUAGUAUAGUAAAGAUGUCCCUUGGGCUCUACGUUGCACUUAACUGGUGACUUCCGUCGCGACGAGGUCAACAUUCUUCUCUGUUAUCGUAAGACAAUGUCAGCUUACCUGGAGGAAGCCAUGCUGGAAUCAUCGGAAUGGAUAUUGUACAGUCAGAGAGAGAAUCGAUUUUCCCAGCUUCCAAAGUAGAACUGAACUGUUCAUAUGUUUCAAGGUGCCAGUGAAUUUCAUAAAGUUGCAAAGUAAAAGCUGCGAAUUCUUCAUGAUGUUUCUAAUCACUGCACACUCCUGCUUAUUAACCCGAUAAAUGGUAGAUAAGUCUAGAAGCUACCAUAACUUUAAAAGUGUUUUAUUAUCUUAAAUCAUAUGAAGAUUAUAUUUAUGUAUGUUUAAUAUGUGGGCAUUAUUGUAUAUUAACAGUGAGAAAAGAGGAUACAAAUUAGGAUCCAUCAGACAUCUAAAGUUGCCUGGAAAAAUCAGAACUCAGGUUAAAAAUAAGAUUAAAUCCUACAGCUGUUGUUCACCUGGCUAAAUAUCUCAUUGUUGGAUAUUUAUAUGAAGACACUCAUUUUUAUCUGCCCUCUUAUCAGGCUUACUGUCAUGGAUUAUGCUUUGUACCUCACAUA